UUUUUGACCGUUGAAUUAGCAGGUUGCGGUCGGUCUGUAAGUGUGAGUGAGGGAGAGCGCGCGUGCUAAAGUGAAUCCGUUGCAUUUCUCUUCCUCUUCCACUCUUCGCACCUACGCAGGUGUGUGUGCGAGUGUGUGUGUGAAAAAACGAAUCCACAACAACACAAAUCACAAUCAGCUGUGAAGUUUCUUUCAAUGUGUGAAAUAAAUACGCAAAAGGCUAAUAAAGCAAAAAUUACAAAAUAAAUAGUGUGAAAUUUCCACACACAUAUUAAAGCAUGCUAAUCGAAAUAGCUCAAAGCAACUGAGUGAAAUCAAAAUAUCAAAAAAACACAACACACAACCGCGAAGGGGUAUAUUUUUAGAGAAAUUCACUGGCGGAAUAAGAACUUGGGAAAUUUUGACAGCAGAAUCAAGGAGCAAAGCGGAGAGCAGAAAGCGGGCUUUUGUGGUCACGCAUCGAAGAGUGGAAGCCAGGAAGCGGGCAAGGAAACCCAUGCAAAGACUCUGCCCAACGAUCCUUCCGUUUUUAAAGUUCUUCGCUCACACAUAUCCAGACGCUUCAGACUGAUGGACUGCACAUACUGCUAUUAAAUCAUAGACGAUAUCUUCCAAGAGGACAACGCAUAUCAGAAAGAGAGAACAAGGAGAAAAAAUACGAUUGGAAAACGAGAAAAACAUAUCCUGCAUCAUAAAUCAUUGCCAGGCUUUGAUUAAUGUUGCGUAUACGCAAUGUUGUCGGCCCCCGAGUUGGCCUCUAACUAAGUGAAAGCUCAAAUCGGUCCAAGCGAGUGAGAUAGAACACUUCCAUUAGCACCUUCUGGGACAUAACAACAACGUAAUCUUCAUCAUCAUCAUCGCUAACGGUUGAAACCACAAAUCCAGAAACCAAAGAUGGCCUUCAUCUGGCGACGACGUUCCACAACGAUUGUGAAGCUGGUGGCCUUCCUGCUGGCCAUUUGGUUCUGCAUAGCAUUUCUGGUCUACACGGACGACACGCGGCGAAGAGCCUCCCAGGAUGGGGGCGGUGGUGGGAGUGGCGUAGGCAGUGCCCUGGGAGGGGGCGGGUCUGGAGGACUAGGUGAUCCCGUUGCAAUGGCGCUGAGGAACGAACCCGUCGUCGAGGACUUUGGCAUCAAUGGGAAUGUAAUCGGCGGAGGAGGAGGUGGAGGUGGUGGAGGAGGAGGAGGAGGAGGAGGCGGUGGUGGUCAGAAGCAGGUGCACGAUGAGGCUGAUAUCCCACCCACCGUGGGCAAGCACAAGAUCGACCUCCAGGCGGAAAGGCUGCGAAAGAAGGCGGCUGAGCAACCGAAGAAAAAGCCGCAAGAUGACACAAAAAAGGUGAUAGACGCCCCGAGUGACUUUGAGGAGAAUCCUGGCGAGUUAGGCAAGCCGGUGCAUCUGCCCAAGGAAAUGUCCGACGAGAUGAAGAAGGCCGUUGACGAUGGCUGGACCAAAAACGCCUUCAAUCAGUACGUAUCUGACCUAAUAUCAGUGCAUCGAACGCUGCCCGAUCCUCGAGAUGCCUGGUGCAAGGAUGAGGCUCAUUAUUUGACCAAUCUGCCCAAGACCGAUGUCAUCAUCUGCUUCCACAAUGAGGCUUGGACUGUGCUGCUGAGAACAGUUCACUCGGUUUUGGACAGGUCGCCAGAACAUCUGCUUGGCAAAAUUAUCCUGGUAGAUGACUACAGCGAUAUGCCUCACUUGAAGCGGCAGCUGGAGGACUACUUUGCCGCCUAUCCUAAAGUUCAGAUCAUCAGAGGCCAAAAACGGGAGGGUCUGAUUAGGGCCCGAAUUUUGGGUGCUAACCAUGCCAAGUCCGCUGUUCUCACCUAUUUGGAUUCCCAUUGCGAGUGCACAGAAGGAUGGCUGGAACCGCUUCUGGAUCGCAUUGCCCGUAAUUCCACCACUGUUGUUUGUCCAGUUAUUGAUGUCAUUAGCGAUGAGACUCUGGAGUACCACUAUCGUGAUUCUACUGGCGUUAAUGUUGGAGGAUUUGAUUGGAAUCUGCAGUUCAGCUGGCACCCAGUUCCUGAAAGAGAAAGGAAGCGCCAUAAUAGCACUGCCGAACCCGUCUUCUCACCCACGAUGGCCGGCGGACUCUUUUCCAUCGACAGGGAAUUCUUUGAUAGACUGGGCACUUACGAUUCCGGAUUCGAUAUUUGGGGUGGCGAGAAUCUGGAGCUGUCCUUCAAGACCUGGAUGUGCGGCGGUACCCUGGAAAUAGUACCCUGCUCCCAUGUGGGCCACAUCUUCCGGAAACGUUCGCCCUACAAGUGGCGUUCGGGCGUGAAUGUGCUGAAGAAGAACUCCGUGCGGUUGGCCGAGGUUUGGAUGGAUGAGUACUCGCAGUACUACUAUCAUCGCAUCGGCAACGACAAGGGCGACUGGGGCGAUGUCAGCGAUCGCAGGAAGUUACGGCGCGAUCUCAAGUGCAAGAGUUUCAAGUGGUAUCUGGACAACAUUUACCCCGAACUCUUCAUUCCCGGCGAUUCGGUGGCCCACGGAGAGAUAAGAAACCUAGGUUAUGGCGGUCGCACCUGCUUGGACGCACCUGCUGGCAAGAAGCACCAGAAGAAGGCCGUGGGGACGUAUCCCUGCCAUCGGCAGGGUGGAAACCAGUACUGGAUGCUGAGCAAGGCGGGCGAAAUUCGACGCGACGACUCCUGUCUCGAUUAUGCCGGCAAGGAUGUGACGCUCUUCGGCUGCCACGGCGGCAAAGGAAAUCAGUUCUGGACCUACCGCGAGAACACCAAGCAGCUGCACCACGGCACCUCCGGCAAGUGUCUGGCCAUCAGCGAGAGCAAGGACAAGCUGAUGAUGGAGGAGUGCAACCCCAGCCUCAACCGCCAACAGUGGACCCUCGAGAACUACGACAGCUCCAAGUUGUGAGGCUACUUCUAUGCGAGGGGCAACCUCCUGUUGCCCACAUCGCGGCGACACCAACAACCACAUGCAUAGCGGCCUGGCCAGAAAAGGAUGCGCAGACAGGACAUGAAGUGGCGGCAGGAGCUG